UACCUUUUGGACAAAGUGCUGAAUUGCUCAGAUUAAACAGCGGCUCUAAAAUGAACAAGAUUCCCUCUGAUGGAGCUGGAGGACUGGGGCCUCCUCAGUUGGACUGUGAAACAAUCGCCACCCCAUGCCUGCGAGAUGUGUCACAUGUGCUGCAGAUGUAUUUACCUGGAUGUGUCGAGCCAGAAUUGGAAGACAUCAUUUGCCCUCCGUUACAGAGCUCAAACGUCUCAGAUCGUCCAAAUACACUUCCACAACCUUUUAAUUGUGGCACGGCUUCUUCAGAGGAGCUGAUAGAGGAGGAGAGGUUUUUCCUCAAGUUGUUUAUUGAGCAGUUGGUGGCUCACAUUGAGAUAAAGACCCACACACCAAAAAGCAAUGUGGACUUGAGUAAAUUAGAGGCACGUGUGAGAGAGAGAACCCCUCUUGACUUACGGUUUACUGACCCAAAAGCCUUUGACAAAAUGCUCAUCCCCAUCUACAAAGACCUUUGCACACAGUUUGGCUCCAAAUACCUUCUGCUUGCUGCCCUGGACUCUGGGGAUGUUGCCUUUGAAGCAGCUGUUGCAGAAGGACUGAAAACACGGCUAACAGCGUGUGCACGGAAACCUGACAACCUGUUGAAGAGGCUUUUCUCCAAGAGGUCAUCCAAGGUUGCUCCGUUCAGAGAUGUGAAAUCACGUCACACUGAUGAAAACAGCCAGGACGAUGGAAAACCGAUUCCAUCUUUGAUGAAAAGAAAGGGUGAUGGUGUCCGGAAGAGGCUGUCCUCCAUGGCUUCUGCUGUAAAAAAGAGAUUUGGUGACAACUUUGUCACCAGCGAAUGCCAAAAACGUGAUUUCUUUAAUGGCAAGCCUCAAUUUAUGAUUGCCCCCCUUCUCUAAUAUUUAUCCUGAGAGAUCUGAAGAUGAGCUAUUAAAUUUGUCUUUUUUUAAAGUAAUGUUUAUCUUGAAGGAUUUAAGGAGGAUUUGUUAUAUUUGGACUAUUGUAAUAAAACAUUGAACAUGGA